UAAUUUGCCUUGCAGUUUUCAAAUGCUUUUUAACUUCCAUGCAUGAAGAGUGGCUGAAUAAUUAUGUUUAGAAGUAGAUCUCAACACAAAGACAUUUGGAAGGAGAUUCUUUUUUUGUGAAUCAAGAAUUUCUCAUGCUUUUCAAGAAAAGCCAUUUCCAGGACUUGAUUCAGCAUGUUCCUUAGCAGAUUACGAGGUCAAUAGGCAAGGACUGUUUGCCCCUGUGCCUGCUCAGUGCCUACUCUACUAGCUGCACACUGCAUGGGUAUCAUCACCACCUGGAGGAACUUCUUGAGAACACGCCACUUUUCCUGGCAAGACACUUUGCAAGAGUGGGGAAUUGAUAAUGUCUUCAGAACGUGCUACUAACAAACGGCAUCACAACCCAGUGGACAGUAUAUGCAGGAAGAUCAAAUCAAUCCAAAUGAUGGAUCAAGUCUCUAACCCUGCUUUGCAAAUACCAAAAUUUCAGUCUCGCAGCUUUGAUAGUCCGCAGUGCAAUGUCAAAAAAAAUCUGGAAGAAAUACUGAAGAAAAGAACUUUUAGAAGUCGUAAUAGUACCAGCCCCCCUUACUUCAGUCCCAGCAGUGACAGUGUUUCCUCUGCAGACUUGCAGCUGCUGUCACCUUGUUCCAGACGUAUAUCAGACUGCAGCUCUGCAGAUGCUACAUACUCUGCCAUUAAAAGGGAAGAGAGGACCAGCAACCAAUGGUUGCCAGUAUGCCCCAUGGACAACUGUUCUCCACCUUACUUCAUGUCCAGAGAGGAGAGUGCCCAAAACCAGCGGUGUGCUUUAGCAAGCAUUGAAUCUGAAGAUGUGCAUCGUGAACAGAAGUACAUUACGUCCAGUCCACACUUACUGUUGUUUACAUCUGAUAAAAGGUUGGAAAGUCCUGCAGUCCAGCACCCCAUGCCAAAGAGAUUACCUCUGAGUGAAAGAGGACAGAAGCAGUCAUCAGUUUUGCAGCCCUGUGACAUGUGUGAUGUAAGCUUGAUCUGUGAAGAAGACUUACUGACCACCAUAUUCCACGCGUGUGACGUUAAACAUACAGGAAAAGUAGCAGUUUCAAAGAUAGUUGAUUAUUUGAGACACACAACAAGUCGAGGACUAGAAGACAGUGGUCUUGAAGAGCUGUGCAACAUGCUUGACCCUGAUCAGAAAGAUGUCUCCGUGGACCUUGAAACAUACCAUGCCAUCAUGAAAGAGUGGAUUGAAGACUGUAAGAGGAAGUGGGAUGAUAGUGCUACUGAGGAACCAACAUCAAGCAUAGAAGACCUGGAGUUUAAAGUGCAUAGAAACAACUUUGAAGUAAAAAAGACACCUCUUUGGAUGAACGUUACGUCAGGAAGCUUGGAGGCAUUUGGAGGUGAUGUGUCCAAAGGAGACAUGGAGACAUCUGACUUAAUAACCUGUGUCGCUGACCUGCAGUACAACAACCUGAAGCUUCAGGAAGAGAACAACAAGCUGAAACUUACCCUGGAAGCUGUGGAUGAGACCAACAACAAGUUAUUGGCAGAUAAUGAGAAUUUAUGCCAACAAAUAAAAAGCAUCCAGCACUCUGUGCUGAAAGCCAAAUCACUGGAAGAAGAACUAGAAGAAGCAAAAAACAACCUGAACCUUUUGGAAGAGAAGGGGCAGAAGAUGCUCUGUCAGAAUAAACAGCUGGAAAAAGAAAAUCAAUCUCUUGUCAUCAAAAUAGCUUCUCUUCAAGAAGAGAAUAUUAGGAAUAGCAUGGACACUGAUGGACUUCAAAAGAAGAUUUUGGACCUCUCAAAAAGUGCAGCAGAGCUUCAAAUGCAGGUGCAUAUCUAUGAGAGCACUGUGGUGAAUAAAGAGGCAAGCUUAAUCCAGAAGGAGCAGGACAUCAAAGAACUGAAAUUAACCAUUGUGGAGUGUUCCUCGAUUAUAGAGACUUUGCGGGCAGAAAAGAGUAAGCUACUGGAGGACAUGCGGCAUAUGCAGCAAGAGUUGAUCUCAAAUGGUUUGAGCUUCCCGUUGAUGAGCAAAGUUAAUGGUAGUAUUCCUGAAGAGAUGAAUUCACUGGACUGUGAACUGGAACUUGCUCAGUCUUCUGAGAUUACCAAGACUGAAUGGAUGUCCCUGGAUGAAACGCUGGACCGUGAAGUACUGUUCUUACUUCAGGGACCUGAACAUGCGGGAGAAAAGUUUAAGGCUGUUAUGCAAAACCUGGUCAGUGGUCUAGCUUAUCAAGAAGAAGCUUCUGCAGCAGAGGAGCUUGUCAGGACUUCUUUACAAUGGGUAGAAGAUCCUGAUGUGAAUGUGCAGCAGGCCUGGGAGAGAAAACUUGUGGUUCUCAAGCAGGAGUUAGGAGAGAAAAGACACCUUUGGAUCCAAAAACUCAAUCUCUUGGAAAAAUACAAAGAAUCUCUAGAUAAGGAUUUUAUUCGAAUGGCAAGCAACCUGAGGCGAACCAAAACAGAGCAACUUCACCUAAGGAAAGAGCUCUCUGCCAGGCAACGUGAGAUAGAAACUGUCAAACAGUUGCAAGAAGAAGCUGCUGGCCAGGCAGAAGCUCUAGGUUUAGAACUGCAAAAAGCUACAAAGCAGCUUGAGGAUGCCAGCAAACAGAGAGAGGACCAAGCUGAAGCCUUUCACUCUGCCUGUGAGGAAGCCAUAUCCCUGAAAUGCAAGUUAAAGGAAGCCAUUUCUGAGCAGCAAAAACUCAAGGAUGUGAAUGCAGCUCUAACAGGCACUUGCCGGUUGCUUCAGGAAAAGAUGGAAGAGCAGAAAACUACUGUUAUUGCGCUGAGAGGGGAGCUGCUUAGAGAGCGACUCUGUGAAAGGCUAUAUCAGCUCUGUGUAGGUGAAGAAUCUGUUUACAGUCUGCUGCCUACGUUAGCGGAACCAGUGAAAGGGAAGCAGCUCUGCUACCCUAAAAGACUGUGGAGUGAGGGACCCUCCAGUUGUACCGAGUUUCCCAGGACCUUGCCCUCAGAUACUUCAUACUGUGGUCUUACUCCUCUGCUAGAUGCUCUAAACCUGGAAACCUCCUGCCUAAUUAACUUUCCUGUGCACAGCUGGAAUCCCCCUUGCAGACAGAGCUCUGUCACCUGCCUCUCUGAAAGUUGUGGUCUGUGGCACGCAUCCAUUUCAGAUGUGACAUCAGUAGGGUGCAAGUGGAAAAUAUACUCUGCUGGUGGCUGUACUGAUUCAGACCUUCCUGUUUCCAUUACAAUGAUGGACUCUUCACUUACUGAGAUGGACCAUGCAGAGCCGUCAAUACCACUGGGUCUGAUCCCGUCCAGUGAUCGCUUAACUUCUCCCCAGGAAGUUCUUGCAUCCUCUUCAGAAAGCACUGCGCCAGUAACAGGCUGCCUUGCGAUGGAGGAAAAGUCGCCCAAGUACUCAUGUGCAAAAGAGGAAGUUGUGCCAGCUUCUGUGACAAUGGAAAGAAACAACGAUCAGGAUGCGGCUGGUUCUGUGUCAGAAGCUGACCUCAUCAAGAAGGACUCCACCUCCACAAUGGAAGAACACAAGGCAGAUCCCAUAAAGAAAGACCUGGAGAUGGAAAAUGAAGCUACUAAAGAACAGAGUGAGGUAACGCCAGCUGUGGUUCCCAGCAGGAAAGGGAGUUCACCCGCUGCAGGUGGCCUUAAAGGAGAUAAAGCGAAGCAAAACGAGCCUGACUCUCCGAGUGAGAAGGAGGUGGAGGCAGAAUUUCUAAGGCUGUCUUUAGGUUUUAAGUGUGACCUGUUCACUUUGGACAAGAGGGUGAGGCUUGAAGAAAGAUCCCGAGAGUUGGCUGAGGAGAACUUGAAAAAGGAGAUUACAAAUGCUCUGAAGAUGCUGGAGGCUUUAGUUCCCUUGUGUGAAGAAGAUAACCAAGCACAAGAAAUUAUUAAGAAGCUGCAGAAAAGCUUGCAGUUUCUCAGCCAGUAUGCAGCCAGAGUCGCCAGCAGAGCAGAGAUGCUGGGAGCUAUUAACCAGGAGAGCCGUAUCAGCAAGGCUGUGGAAGUAAUGAUUCAGCACGUGGAAAACCUGAAGCGCAUGUACACAAAAGAACAUGCAGAACUUGAGGAGCUGAAGCAGGUCCUGCUCCAGAAUGAGAGGUCAUUCAGUUCUCUUGGAGAUCGAGAUGAAUCUACAAACAAAAAGCUUCCCAACUCCUUUAACUUCAAGCCAUCACCAUCCUUACGAAGAGUUAGCAUUGCAACAUUGCCCAGGAGCGCUGGGAAUGCAGGUGUUGGGGUGCCACUGGCCCAACUACACGAAGCUGGUGGAGACGAAUGGAGUGACAAAUUCAACAGGAGAUCAAGCAGUUGGGGACGACUAGGAGCAAGGCAGAAUGAGAAGCGUCCUUCCCUACAGAGAUUCAUCAGCACCUAUUCCUGGACAGAGUAUGAGGAUGAACAUUCUGAAACUAAAAAUGAGCAGCUGGAAUUGCCUGCUGAAAUGCAAGAACAGCUAGCAAGAAAGGAAAGUACCUCUGAAAAAGGAAAGUGUCCAUCAAAAUGGAACCUGAAGUCAGCGUGCAAUUUAGUGUCAUCGUGGGCAUCUCAUUUCAAGACUUCCUUUUCCAACGCUAACAAAACUCUGUGGGUUUCCGUGUCCAUCCUGGUACUGCUUGCUGCUUUUACAAGCUUCCUCACUGGGCUGUCUCUUCAGCGACCAGCAGAUGCAGCACCUGUAGGAACAGGGGACUCCUGGACUUCACUACAGCAACUGUUGUGGCCAUAUACAGGACUUCAGCACAAUGGGCCGCCCCCAGUAUAACCAAGGUUUGGACCUGUGUAAAGUUACACUUCUGAGUUCUAGCUGACAGUAUGAGAAGCUUCACUGAGAUAGGUAAUAUAUUUAAGGUCAUGGUUUGGGUUGUGGGUGUUUUUGAGGGUUUUUUGUGUUUUUUGUUUUUUCAUGACUUGAAAAAUACUUUUUUCUUCUCAUUCUGGCAAAAGUUAACUUUUCAAGUAACUUUGGGGGGAGGGGGGGGUCUUAGUUCUAUUCAGGUUUAGAAUAAAACAGGUAGUGAUUUUGAACACAGCUCACAAUAAAUACAACUAAAUGGUCCAGCCACAAGAGAAUAAGUAACUUAUUUUAACAAAAAUGUGAUGGUUACAUUUUAGUCAUUUAAAGCUGUUCCAAUAGUUUGAAUAGGAAAAGACUGAAGACUUGAAAUGUGACUUUAUUGAAAGUUUUUGAUAAUAAAGUUUUAAAUGAAAGCAUGAAGUAUUUAAGAGUACAUUAAAACUCUCGUAGCGAGGAGCAGCUGAUAGACAGCAUCAACAAAGAGGAAGUUAGCUGUAUUCACUUUAUCAAUUGCUUCUUUGCUGGCAAAGUCUUUCAGCAUGUGGUAGAGUGUGGAGUGAAAUUCAGUAUCUUCUUCUAGUUCCAUUGAAAAAGCUUCACUGGCUUCAGUGAUCUUGAGCUUCUGUGCUCUCUGACCAUUAAACAUGUAAAGAGACCAGUCUUCAUCUUUGACAAAAUCUGCUUUAAGAUGCUCACUUACCUGGUGCAGGAAAAGAAUGGGCUGUAAGAUAAAGCUGACAGAGGACUAAUUCUAGCAUGUGUUUCAGUUUACUACAGAAAAUCAGUGUUUCUUUGAACACUUAAUGUGUAACAUUAGGUCCUUACCUAAAUGACUGUGUAAAGUAACAUCAACACCAACUUAUUCCAUCAUUUGCCUCUGUAAACUGCAAGUAUUGGUCACUGCCUUUCUUGCUGUUCUGACUCAUGCAUAAAGAAUAGCUAGCUG